AUGACCUUGUGGCCACAUCCGGGGUCAUACAAGAUCAAGUCAGCAACUUUGUUCUGCAGCAGAGACAAGUUGGGGUGUGCUUUCUUGUCGGAAAGUUCCCUUUGCAUGUAUUUCUUAUAUAACUCUCUGUCUAUCUGGGCUCUGGGCCCCCACACAGCAGGACCCUUGCUUCUGUUCAGCAUUUUGAAUUGCACUCCAGCGAGAUCAGUUACUUUGCCCAUCAGCCCAUCGAGAGCGUCGAUUUCCUUUACAAGGAUGCCCUUACCCACUCCACCAAUAGAGGGGUUGCACGAACACUUACCAAUAUCUGUUAACGAUGGUGUAAUGAGAGUAGUAUGCGCACCAGUCCUAGAUGACGCAGCUGCAGCUUCGCAGCCUGCAUGUCCAGCACCGAUGACCACGACCUGUGUCUUGGUUGUGGGUUGGAAGCUUGUCAAAGAAGAUAUGGUCAACCGCCUCCUGAGGACCUGUAAGGGAAAUGAAGUACACGAAGACGCCAAGGUUGUUACACGCAGCAUCGUUCUUUGGGGCGUUUAG